ACUUAGUCGAGUUAGCAACCGCCAAGCGAACGACGUAUCAGAGAAAGCAGUGCACCAACACUUCUAGCAAAAUGGUAAAAUCGCCGGAAAAUAGCAUAGACAGCUUCUCCUAGAUUCGAGUUUUGUAAAAGAGGCACUCGGUGUCAACUGGUUUACAUCAUUUUCGUCUUCGUUUGUUUAUAAACAGGAUUGAGUUUCGAGCGCGCGAAACAGGGACCUGAAAUUCACAAUUCGCGCCGAAUGUGUAGAAUGGAUGUCAAAAGUUCUCUUUGUGACACGCUUGUGAUUAUUUGGCCGUGCAUCCGUUCACGAGUUUUUGCUGUCCUAUGCAGCUGGCUCGAUGAGGUAGUGACCUUCAAUUUUCGACAAAAUAUUCAUUGUAAAAAAUGCUUUUGACAGUCUCGAAAUUUAGUAACAGUCUAUUCACAUUUGGCAAGAAAGUCCUGUGGGAAACCGCUUUGCAUUCGCGUACAAUGACGCUCGUAGACGAUAAUAUCAAUUUUGUAAUAGUAUUCCUUUUCAGUUCAUGCGCCAUCGACGUGUCACUCACUGACAAAAACACUUCCCAUUGCGUAUUAUGAAUAAUAGCAAAAUGUGUCCAAUACGCAGAACAUACACCUUCGCUUUUGUUGUAUAAACAAAAACUUGUUUAGAUAAAAAUCCAAUUUGAAACAUCCUUGGCAAAAAUCGGCCGGCCGAUUAUUUAUUGCUCGAGGCAAACGUUUAUUUUGAUUUAGGCGUUAAGUAGCAAUACCAUGCAUCAUUUAUAACUGGGUGGAAAAGCAUAUAGUUGCGUUGAUUAGGAAAUAUUUCAAAUGGCAGAAAUUUUUCCCCAACAAUUUUUCCACUCAAAUAUUCGCGCCUCGUUGCUUCACUAAGCGUCGUUAACCCAUGCGCCAAUCAUAGUGUUGAUCGUCUUCUGACGUCAUGAUUCUAUGGUCCAAUCACACCUUCAAUAUACGAUGCUGUAGCCUUUGUUGUUUGUUGGCGGCCGCGGAAAAAACAGCAGGCUGAAAAUAGCGGCCAUCUUCGAGCUUCUGCUAAAUCCUGCAUGGCAUUAUAUUCUAUCUCAUGGCGCCUAUCCUAUUUCGUUCGUAAACAAUUUUUUCUUUGUAUGAGCUGAUGGCCCUGUCGCAGUCGGCUAUACGUCUCUUCGUGAUAUGCGCAUCUCAAUCACUCUCCCCACACUCGCUCACUCAGUAGUUAUGAUUGUUUUGUUUAUGCGGGCGAACGAACAAGCGUGCGUGCGUAUCUGUGUGUGACCGUGUGUAUGUGUGUGUGCCUGAUAUUUGCACAAUAGCGAGGAGGCUGGAGGAAUGAAAAGUGGCUAUUUUACUAGGUUUUGUUUCUGCCCGUGUCUACAUCCGCGAUACGGGCUGGAUGGCAGUGCUGUGCUUAUUGGAUACCGUAGCGGAUGGUACCUGCUUCAUUGUCGCAUCGUGCCGCUGAAGUACGGCGAAUUGUGACGACUGUGAACGAACUAACAAGUCGUUGGUUUGUAUGUUGUACAUAUUUAUGUGUGUGUGUGUGUGGCCGUCACUAGCAGCGUUGCCUCGUUUAGCUGCUCAAACCGUCCCUCUAAAUAGUGUCAGUGCUAUUUGUAUUGGCAGUGCCGACUGGCAGCCACUUUUGCUACGAUGACCGCGGCAGCCAUGGUGAGCGGUUCCUCUGUGAUGGCGCUCGUAUAGCCGGACAGUGUGGGAAAGACGAACCGGCGAAAGAAGCAGCGAUUGAAAACUCAAGUUUAUAUUAUUACAGCUGCUGCACAUCGUAGUACUGUUCAUAGCGGCAGGCGAAGGGUCCGUGGUAAGUCGGUGUUGGGAUAGCAGCGUCGAGGGCAAGCGGUCACAUUUGUCAAGGCGAGCGCGCCCGCCGUCAUCAGCAGAAACAGGCGAAACUCCGGAACGGGUCGUCGCCGUUGGCGCUACCAUUUAUGCCGUAACAAUUGCCGAGAGCAGGAGUGCGUCAUCAGUUGUCGUUGGGCGACUGCUUUCUUGAUUCGUGCUGCUGCCGCCGCCGUUGAUUGCUUGAUUUUGCCGUGACCGCGGCGGCUUGUUGCCGCUACUUGUCCAGUUUAUCCGUCUGUUUGUCGGUCGCUUUAGCUGACUUCGGCCGAAGCUGCAACGGCCAAACUUUCGAUGUUGUUUCUAUGUAUUUGUUGCUGCUGCUUUGCCUUUCUGUGCUGAAGUAGCUCGCCAUCAUCAGCAGCUGAAGGAGCAGUAGCAGUGGCUAACGCUAGCCAAUAGCUAUAAGAAAGCGGCAAAAGCUACCAAAAGAAGAGACCCUACUGCCACUCGACCGCCUGAACAACCGCCCGCCCGCCCGUCCGUCCGUCUGUCUGUCUGUCUGUCUGUCUGUCUGUCCCUUACCGAAGUGUUUUGACCUCGGCCUUCUGAUGCUGGCCAUAUCACCAGAAACAGCAAAUGUUCUAUUCCCACUCAUUCAUUACGUCUCUAUUCGCCUGUGACCGACAGACUGGCAUGCUCUCACUGGUUCAGUGGUGCUGUCUCCGUUUGUGAGAAAAGAAGUCAUCUACUCAAUACUACUUGUUCAAUGUACAAAACUAAAGGAGACGUCUGCUUAGCUUGAGCGAGAUCCUGACGGUAAAAGUUGAUGGUGGUGAUUUUCUCUCCGCUGCGGCGGGCAUAGUUGACAAAAUCUGCCUAGAGAAUUUCUUUAAAAACAGACGAAAUUAGAAGGAAAUGUAUUGGCCUAGUUAACUUAAUCAAAUCAAACCAAUUUCAAAGGCUAUAAAUAGAGCUUCGUCUAGAUCUCACUCCCUAUUGUCUCACAACAUACGCUUGUAGGGAAUCUGAGCUUGGGCGUUCUAGCUAAUGCAGUUAUCAGCUUAUAGGAAUUCGAAUACCUUCAUUGGAAAGACAGUGAAGUGACGCUGGUAUUGGCCUAUACCACAACCACGUUAGUACAUCGUAGUGUCAUGUCAUAGAGAAAGAAGGCAGUUUUGGAUCGGCGUGUAGGCAUACUAAAGGGCUUGUCCCUCUCCCACUUGACCACUCGCAUAAUCUACCUCGGACAGUUGUAGUCCUAUUUUCAGCCUGUUUACGGGAGUUGUUAUGUAGUGCGUAGUCAGUAGUGCGGCUCUGACUGAGCGACGGCUGUUGCUGCUACGGACCCGACGAUGGACAGCUGAUGAGGACGAGAGUGAGAGGAACGCCGACCGUAACAGCAGCGUAGUGGCGACAGAAACAAGUCACACUGUAACAAGACAGACUCUGAGCACCUGCAAUUACUUAAAGCAACACCGGUGGCAGCAGCCGCCGCCGCCGCCGCCGCCACCGCCGCCGCCGCGAUCGUCGUCGUCGUCGUCGUUGUUGUUGUUGUUGUUGUUGUUGUCGUCGUCGUCGUCGUCGUCGUCGUCGUCGUCGUCGUAGUCGUACCGCUAUUUUCCCAAAAAGCAACGAUAGCUGCUGCUCUGCCGUAAACGGAUCCGUCGAUCACAGUUUAUGGGCUGGUUAACCAACUGGUUGAGAUUAAGGAACCGUUGGGCUGAAUCGAGGAGAUAUCGCUUGAGAAUGCUGUUGCUGCUGCUGCUGCUGUCAUAGUGGUUUUCUGGUGGUUCGUGAUGGUGUGGAGUUGUCGUAGCCGGUAUUGCUCCUGUCGGUUUCGAGUGAAAUAGCGGCGAAACGUAGUGGUCGGGCAUCGAUAGAUGAACAACGUCAAUUCAACGUCCGGUCUAAGUUCGUUUCACCGAGAAGUCCCUGAGGCUGCGUCAGUACUAUAUGGUACAUCAGGCCGCGUAGCGUACAGGGUCGGGCGCACUGUAAGCAACACUGCACAGUAAAUAUAGGGUGAAUCGUGCUAAAAAGCAGUAGAGGCGAAGGCAAUGUUUGCCAGCACCUCGAUCUGCGGGUCGGAUAAGCAGCAGUUCCUCGAGAACGCCAGGACCGCUCGAGACGAACGCGAAAAAGAACGCAGACGAGAAGACGCAGCCACUCGAAUCAACUCUGUGGUGCGAGGCUUUCUUGCGCGUCGUCAUGUGGGACGUUGCACCAGGGAAGAGUUGGAUUCAUUCCUGGCGAGUGAAGAGCCCGCGAGUGCCGCACAGCUUUACUAUAAUGCAAGGAAGUUGAUGUACUUUUAUGUUUGGCUGGAGCCUAACACUUCGGGUGAACUCGGCAAGGAUAAUGUCAGGCUACAAGCGAUGUGUUCUCGUAUAAUUAACUCAAUGGAAGGCACCUCCAAAGACCAGAACUAUGUCGAAGCUAUGAGUGACCAGAAGAUCUCAAUACACUGGAUCGCUUUGACAAAAAAGCUCCUUGUUACAGUAUCAGAUAAUCUUAAGCGGCUUCAACCUACAGUGAACACUCAUCUGAACGCAAUUGCUCUUUACCUCCACGUGCUGGUGACAAUGACAAACGUAAACUCGUGGAAGCUUUGUGCACAGCUUGAGCCUUUAAAACCUGCUUUAAAACAGCUGGAGGGCAAAUUCGUCGCUCAUCUCUUUGCCAGUGGACUCUCGGCGAAUCUUCGAUAUCUCCUGCUGGCGGCUGUAGUUCGCCAACGUCCUCUUCUGGGCCGCGCGUCGCUAACAGCAGUUGCGUCCCUGGCUUUACGACCUUUGGUCGACGCCAGUUCAACAUUGGCAAAUGCAGAAACUGGUGCUGGUGGUUCAAACCCGAACGUGGAAGAGGCGACAAAUCUACUAAUCAUGCAUUUCUUGUCUGUGCCUGCCGUUGUGCAUCAGUUACGCUCAAUUGCGCCGGAUAGCCUUGUACUGUUACGUCAAUAUGAUGUAUUAGGUCGAUCUGUCGUGUUACUAAGGAAUACUCAGAAACUACGCAUUAUGUUCAAUGCCCUUGAGGCAAGUUUUGCUUUGUGUUUGUUUGCGAAUCUGGUUGAUUUAGCUCAGCAAAUGGCGUUAGAAGAACCGACGAGACUCGAAUCGAUGGCCGAAGGUUUCAUCGCAGUCGCCACUACGAUUCUUGAAAGCUGUCAACAAUAUGUGGGCAAGAAGCAGUCAGCGCUUAGUCAUUAUCAUCCACUUUUGGGUUGGUUCUCACAGAAGGUAAACUCUGGCCACCAAGAGGUCAUCCCUCACAUUAAAACUCAGUUACAGCUUCUGUGGGGCACUACACUGUCUCAGCUGUUGUUUAAACCACUGUUCGUAAUGCAAUUUAAACUGGAGGACAGUCCGCCACCGCGAGUCGAAACUUCGGCUAAAGCUCAAAUUAAUGAGGUGAUUAACCUAAUUCGCGGAAGCGGUUCCCGAAGCAAUUCGGUUCUGAUGAAAAUCUCUAGUCCCGAAGUGAACAGUGUGGCUCUCACAUGUAAUCUAUACGAGACAGCCAUUGCUAGUCUAAGUGAGCUUCGACUCGAUAUUCUCACAGGACUGUCAUUUCAGUCAAGCGAUCUUCUACCAAGACUUUGGAGACUAAUUAGCGCUCUUGGUGGACAGGCGUCAGGAAAAGCGAAAGCUUUCCUUGAUUUGCUGCAGCAAAAUGUAAAAGCAAAUUCGCUUGAGUUCCAGAUAUUAAAGUUAUUCUGCAAUUGUACUUCGCAUCUAAUUGUCGUUCUGGACGACCGUGAACUUUACGAGGAACAACGACCAUUUUCCCUUGCUGACCUGGUCGCUAUAUCAGCGUUUCUCAACAUAUUUCUUUACAAGAUUAUUGUUAAUCAACUUCUUGAUCUGAAAUCAUUGUCAAGCUGUCCUUUAUUCACUGCCUCACACUCUUUGCUCAUGCUACUAUACCGACGGGAUUCGCGAAGAAAUUUUACCCCUCGUGAUCACUGGCUUGUUAAAGCUAAAUUUGCCACGCUCCUCACUGAUUUGGAGAAUGGCAAGCCCUGGGCACAGUUAGUGAUUCAGAGGCUGCCCCACGUCUUACCUCACCGUGAUCGCGUACAGUUAUUCAGACGACGUGUCCAACACGAACGUAUGUGCGUUCUGAAUGGAGCCGAGUCUACCCAUAUCUCUGUAUAUCGCACGCGGAUUGUCGAGGAUGGCUUUCAACAAUUGAACGCACUGUCACCGCAAGAGCUCAAAGGCACAAUUCGGGUGCGUUUUGUCAAUUUACAAGGGCUAGAUGAGGCGGGUAUUGAUCAGGAUGGUGUUUUCAAGGAGUUUCUUGAGGAAACAAUCAAACGUGUAUUCGACCCUGCCCUAAAUCUGUUCCGUACGACAAAUGAACAGCACCUUUAUCCAUCGGCUACGUCCUACAUCAAUGAGAACCACUUAGCAUUGUUCGAAUUCGUUGGCAAGAUGUUAGCUAAAGCCGUUUACGAGGGCAUUGUUGUCGAUGUGCCAUUUGCCACUUUUUUUCUCAGCCAGAUACUCGGACACCACCAAAACAUUCAAUAUUAUUCGUAUAUUGAUGAGUUGCCUUCGCUUGAUGAACAGCUCUAUUCUUCACUUACGUAUGUCAAAAACUACAAAGGUGACGUACAGGAUCUGUCACUCUUUUUCUGUAUUGACGAUGAUUCGUUGGGAAGAAUUGUCACUCACGAACUCGUUCCAGCUGGAAGAACUAUGGCGGUCACCAAUGAAAACAAAAUUCGGUACAUUCACUUAACCGCACAGUAUAAAAUGCAGACUCAGAUCGCUGAGCAAACAAAAGCGUUCAUUCGUGGCUUUCGGUCCUUAAUCAGACCAGAGUGGGUGGCUAUGUUUUCAGCCCCGGAGCUGCAGAGGCUAAUCUCGGGCGACGAUACCGGAAUUGAUCUGGCGGACUUACGAGCUAACACCAAAUACUUUGGUGGCUUCCAUAAUAACCACCGUGUCAUAAGCUGGUUGUGGGACGUACUUCGAAGCGACUUUUCACCAGAAGAAUGCCGUCUCUUUCUAAAGUUUGUGACAUCGUGUUCCAAGCCCCCGCUGCUUGGUUUUGCCAAUCUCGAGCCUCCUUUCUCUAUUCGAUGUGUCGAAGUCGCCGACGAUCUGGACAAUGGUGAUACGUUGGCCUCGUUUAUGCGAACGUUCUUCCGAGUUCGUAAGAAAGAUCCUGUUGAUCGUCUGCCAACAUCAUCAACUUGCUUUAAUCUUUUGAAGCUGCCGAACUAUCAGCGCAAGGAUACCUUACGGGAUAAACUUCGCUAUGCCAUAUCAAGCAAUACAGGCUUCGAGCUUUCCUAAAUGUUAUUAUUAAUAGUACCAAUUAGUGGGCAUUACCAAGAGCUGAAAUAGCCAUACGUUUAUCUGAGAUGGCAGUAGACACUGUCAAGGCUUACGCCAACAAACAGUUACAGACGGAUUAUGCAUUAAAGAUUUAAUUAUAACAUUUAGUUCUGAAGUUAAUACUUUCAUUAAUACUAAGGAUCGUCAGAGAUUAAAACAUCUUGUCGUAAUAUAAAGCUGUGCGGUUCUAUUAAGUUUGAAUUGAAAAAAAGGUAUUUCUCGUAAAUAAAUACCUUGCCUUGAAUCGUCGAGCUAUAGGGACGUUGUUAGCGUAUUUCUAUUUUGACAAACGCGUAUUGCGUCUUCGAGCAUGCCUACUGGCGCUCCAGCGUGAUAGCAACACAUUAAUUAAAUUUCUGAAAUGAAUGUCUUCAAAGGAUGUAUUCGAUUAAAGCUAAAGCUAAUGAAAUUAAUUAAUCCUCACAUAAAAGGACAGCACUUAAAAUCAGCACGAACUUUUUUUGACAUGCGGCGCUUUUUACUCCAGUUUUAAGAAGUUUAACCUAAAAACUAAUUCAUGCAGAACAGCUUUUAUCACCUUCUGAAACGUGUCCUGACGUUGUACAUGUCAUAAUCUGCCGUGGCAGGACGACGAAGGUUGAAUAAUCUUGUAACUACAACUAACUGUAAGACAAAAUGUUAUAACUACAGAACACUAAGGCUGAACCAAUAUUCUUUAUGACGAACAGAGCUAAGCGGCAGAUUAACCCAAAAUCCAGACCAAAUGUGAUGGUAAUAAAUAUAAGCCCCGCAGAAGAUGUAAAUGUGCCCUAUAUUCUUACAAAUCAAAUUUUUACCACAUUCUAGCUGGCUGAAUAAUUGAAAUGGGUAUGCUGCUGAUAAACUCCAAAUGGUUCUAACGCGGGGUUUGUGUAGUUAAUUCCUAAAGCCUUAAUUCGUUUAGGGGGCCUCAAAAUAUUGGUCAAUUAACAAAAAAACGAAGUUUUAAAAGCGAACUUCAGUUUGCUAUAGGCUUGAAAUCAACCUGUUUCAAGAUACAAUAAUAUUUAUUAUUCUACGAAUCAUACAUUUUGCAGAAGAACACUAUUGAUAAAAGCAGAUAGAUUAUGUGAAUUAACGGCUUAGCAAUCUCUCAGAAGCCGAUCUAGAUGUUAACAUAAUUAUCUUUUAGGCCAAUAUCACGGCCUGCAAGCUGUUAUUUAAGCAGUUUAUUUAUGUGAGAAUGCAAUUACAAUUUAUGUUUGUUCAAUUGGCAUUGGGUGAACGAACGGGAACAGGCUAACCAAGAAAGCCGCAUACAACACACAUAUAAUAUUUUUUCGUGAACCAUGAAAAGAAGAUGAGAAAUACUCUUUUUAUUUGUUUUCGAAUCGGUGAACGUCAGAAAUGUUUCUAGCUAGAUUCUUACUAAAACAUUUCUAGGUUUGUACACUUGGAGACUUACUUAGGUCGUAAAUAGCUGACGCAUAUACAAAGCUCUGUCUGAAAAGUGGUCGCUACACCAGAUGAUAUAGAGGAGCACAGGCAUAUGGGAGAGAUGGAUAUCGACAUGUGGCUUCAUUGUGAGUGCUUCAAAUGUGAACUAAGACAGAAGUCCGGUCAACGACAUAUAUUCUGCUAAUCCUGUCAACGACAUAUAUUCUGCUAAGGAUAUGAUUAUUUAUAUUAGACCUUUUUGUCUAUUAUAUUCGGUGCAAGUUUGUUCGUUUCCAAACUGCCUUACAUGAAUAAUCAUAUCUAAAUCGAGUACAGAGCGUACAACUACUAUAGAUGUACAGGCUAAUUUGAAGCGCAUAGUCGCAUCCAGAAAUCUAAUAAAUGAAAAUUAAAGACAUUACUUAUG